AUGUCAAAACUAAAGUCAGCAAAGAAGGGUCUUGAGAAGGUCAUUCAUAGCACCCCGUUGCGCAUUUGGAUCGGCGCCGCAUCUGCGCAACCCGGCCCACCGCUCGGACCGCAACUCGGUCAGAGAGGCAUAAACAUUGCUCAGUUUUGUAAAGACUUUAACGAACGAACAAAGGACUAUAAAACUGGCACUCCACUUCCAUGCACCAUCAGUGUCAAUUCUGAUCGAAGCUAUGAAAUUCAAAUUCGUGUUCCACCACUUACAUACUUUAUUCGGCAGGCUACUGGACAAGAUCGCCUAGCAAUGGACCAGAGCAAAGAGGUGUCAGGUAUACUGAGCCUGAAGCAUGUCUACGAGAUUGCAAAAGUGAAAAGCACCGAUCCACUGUACGAUUGUGUGCCUCUGAAAAAUAUUUGCGAGGAAAUCAUUGAGGAGGCCUUUAAGUGUGGCGUGAAGGUAGUAGACAAAAUCGACCCUGACAAGUAUGCUAAAUUUAUGGCUGAGAGGCGCGAAAUUGUCGCCAAACAACUCAAAGAACUGGAAGAUGUGCGCCAAUCUAAGCUUCUGCGAACAGCCUAG